CCUGACUACCUCGAGACUACGGAUGAAUUACCCCUCGGACCCUUGCAUUCGCUCUGCUGCCAGAUCUCGAAGCUGCCCCGCCAGUCUCGUCAACAAUUCCACGUCCGUUCCUUGCCGGUCAAAUCGUGUCCGCUAGGUUAGCAUUUUCUUUCUGUGACGUUGUUUCUGUGCCCGUCAGCUCACUAACGACCUUAGACUGAGCUGGCCUCCUGAACACUCAACUCACGGACAUUUCUCCUCCUCAACCGGCCGACCAAAUAUCUCAUUCAAGCCGCCAACAUGGUCGGAUUGGGCCCCAAGCGCAAGCCGUCCCGCAAGGGUUCGAUGGCCGAUGUGCCAAAAAGCCUUCUGCAGGAAAUCGAGAACCUCGAGAAGCUAUUCACCGUGGACGCCGCGAAACUCAAGGAAAUCACCGACCAUUUCGUUCAUGAGUUGACAGCUGGCCUGGAGAAAGAUGGACAGAACAUUCCCAUGAACCCAACCUGGUGCAUGGCUUUCCCGGACGGAGAUGAGCAAGGAACCUUCCUUGCGUUGGACAUGGGCGGGACGAAUCUACGAGUGUGCGAGAUCACUCUCACCGAAGAGAAGGGCGAGUUCGAUAUCAUUCAGAGCAAAUACCGCAUGCCAGAGGAGCUCAAGACAGGCACGGCCGAGGAAUUGUGGGAGUACAUUGCCGACUGUCUGCAACAAUUUAUUGAGUACCAUCACGACGAAGGAGAUCUGGCCGAUCUGCCGCUCGGUUUCACCUUCUCCUACCCAGCUACACAAGAUUAUAUCGACCACGGAAUCCUUCAGAGAUGGACGAAAGGCUUCGACAUCUCUGGUGUCGAAGGCGAGGACGUCGUACCACAGUUUCAAGCUGCUCUGGAUGCAAGAAAACUCCCGAUCAAACUGGCUGCCCUCAUCAACGACACCACCGGCACACUCAUCGCGUCCGCUUAUACCGAUCAAUCCAUGAGAAUCGGAUGUAUCUUCGGCACUGGCUGCAAUGCCGCCUACAUGGAGAACUGUGGCUCAAUACCGAAGCUGAAACACCUCAAUCUACCAGACGACAUGCCCAUGGCCAUCAACUGCGAAUACGGCGCCUUUGACAACGACCACAAGGUUCUUCCCAUCACGAAGUACGACACGAUAAUCGACGAGCAGUCACCCCGACCCGGUCAACAAGCAUUCGAGAAGAUGAUUGCCGGCUUGUAUCUGGGCGAAAUCUUCCGCCUGGUGGUCGUGGACUUGCACGAGAACAAGAAUCUGCUGUUUGAGGGACAGGAUAUUUCAAAGUUGCGCAAGCCUUACACUCUGGACGCAUCGUUCCCGGCGUUUAUCGAGGAAGAUCCAUUCGAGAACUUGCAAGAGACCCAUGACAUGUUCCGAGAGAAAUUGGGCAUCGACGCGACCAAGCCUGAGCUCGAACUAUGUCGGCGGCUGGCCGAGUUGAUCGGGACUCGUGCGGCACGUCUUUCAGCAUGUGGCGUCGCCGCCAUCUGCAAGAAGAAGAACAUCGAGAGCUGUCACGUCGGAGCCGACGGGUCGGUGUUUACAAAGUACCCGCACUUCAAGGCCCGAGGCGCGGUGGCGCUACGCGAGAUCUUGGACUGGCCCAAGGGCAAGAAGGAUCCUGUCGUCAUCCAGCCGUCCGAAGACGGUAGCGGUGUUGGCGCCGCGCUGAUCGCGGCCCUGACGUUGAAGAGAAUCAAGCAAGGCAACACGGUGGGAGUGCGAGAUGUCCACAAGUACGAUAUAUGGAUGAAAUAGAACACCAUGGAGCGUUUCGGAGCAUGUACUGGGGAAGAAAAGGGGUAUAGACACGAGCUUCUUGGACACAGCAACGCGGCUGAUCGGCCAAUGACAUGAAAUGCUUUUCUGCACAUCCUUACUCCCCUAUCUCCCAAAGCUUGAUCUUGCCCUGGUCGUUGCCAACAGCGAGGUAACUUCCGUCCGCCGACAGCGCCACAGCACUGACCCGCCCCAACGGCGUCUUGUCCGUCGGCCAGUUCUUGUACACCGUACAACUAGG